GGGAAGCAGCUGAUGGCCUCUCCGGGUGGCCGCGGGCUGGUCGGGGCCGCGACCGGGGCGGCGGCCGGGACGCGGGCCGGCGCCGGGACGGAAUGAGGGCCGAGGGCCCGGGGGGCUGAGGCGCCCGCCGCGGGGCCGCGCGCGUCCUCCAUGGAGGCCGGAGAGGAACCACUGCUGCUGGCUGAACUCAAGCCCGGGCGUCCCCACCAGUUUGAUUGGAAGUCGAGCUGUGAAACCUGGAGUGUCGCCUUCUCCCCAGAUGGCUCCUGGUUUGCUUGGUCGCAAGGACACUGCAUUGUCAAGCUGAUCCCCUGGCCGCUGGAGGAGCAGUUCAUCCCUAAAGGGUUCGAAGCCAAAAGCCGAAGCAGCAAAAAUGACACAAAAGGGCGAAGCAGCCCAAAGGAGAAGACUCUGGACUGUGGGCAGAUUGUCUGGGGUUUGGCCUUCAGCCCAUGGCCCUCUCCACCCAGUAGGAAGCCCUGGGCACGCCACCCUCCCCAAGUCCCAGACGUGUCUUGCCUGAUCCUUGCUACAGGACUCAACGAUGGGCAGAUCAAGAUUUGGGAGGUGCAGACAGGGCUCCUGCUUUUGAAUCUUUCCGGCCACCAAGAUGUUGUGAGAGACCUGAGCUUCACGCCUAGUGGCAGUUUGAUUUUGGUGUCUGCAUCUCGGGAUAAGACUCUUCGCAUCUGGGACCUGAAUAAACAUGGUAAACAGAUUCAGGUGUUAUCGGGCCACCUGCAGUGGGUUUACUGCUGUUCCAUCUCCCCGGACUGCAGCAUGCUCUGCUCUGCAGCUGGAGAAAAAUCGGUGUUUCUAUGGAGCAUGCGGUCGUACACGUUAAUCCGGAAGCUAGAGGGCCACGAAAGUAGUGUUGUCUCUUGUGACUUCUCUCCUGACUCCGCGUUGCUUGUCACGGCGUCUUAUGAUACCAACGUGAUCAUGUGGGAUCCCUACACUGGCGAGAGGCUGCGGUCACUCCACCACAGCCAGCUCGAGCCCGCAAUGGAUGACAGUGAUGUCCACAUCAGCUCCCUGAGGUCUGUGUGCUUCUCCCCCGAAGGCUUGUACCUCGCCACCGUGGCAGAUGACAGACUCCUCAGGAUCUGGGCCCUAGAACUGAAAACUCCGAUUGCAUUUGCUCCUAUGACCAAUGGUCUUUGCUGCACAUUUUUCCCACAUGGUGGAGUUAUCGCCACAGGGACAAGGGAUGGUCACGUCCAGUUCUGGACAGCUCCUAGGGUCCUGUCAUCACUGAAGCACUUAUGCCGGAAAGCCCUUCGAAGUUUUCUCACAACCUACCAAGUGCUAGCACUGCCAAUCCCCAAGAAAAUGAAAGAGUUCCUCACGUACAGGACUUUUUAAGCAACGCUACAUCGUCUUGUUUUCUCUGUAGCAGGAUAAAUCUCCCUGGCAAAGGAGUAGCUGGACUAAUGGGCCAAACAUCUAGUCUUGGGUUCAAGUAGAAUUUCUCUUUGGGAUUGUGGAUAGAGCGUAGCAAAACCAGAUUCCAGUGGACUAGUCAUGGAGCUUUUCCCCACCGCACGUGGAAGUCAUAGACGAGGGAUUCCACUUCUGCGGCCACAGAGCCUUACCUUAAAUCUUCAGUCCACUUAUUAACAGUUUUGAACUCAUUCUAGUAGUUUUGAUUCAAAAUAUAUAGUUGCUGAUGUUUUGGUGAGAAGAGUUGACGGGGCCUCAAGAGCCCCUCUGUAGUAGCAAAGGGAUUUACACUCUCUACUGGGACACGUGGCUUCUGCCUGGUCCCUGUGUUUCACAUGCAGCAGCGGCACUGCUCCGAGUUCUCUCCUGUCGUGUCAGAGUUGCUUCGGUGUCGGCAAGUCUUUCUUCCUCUGGCUCCGCUCUGACUAGUAUGGGACAGUUUUCCUGGAGCAGCGUCUGGGGUGAGGUGUGAACUUAGCUUCACUAAAUUACAGACGACUCAGAGGCUGUGCUCCUGACUGAUGCAGACACUAUAAUUGGCUCUUUUUUAAAAAAAAACAAACAGUGGUGUGCAUGUGCAGAUGACAAAUUUAUAUGCCAGGAUACACAAGAAUUUAUUCCUCAAUUGCAUGACUGUUCAGAUGGCUGAGUUGUCAGUUGUUUGCCUUUCACUAGCAUAUUUAUUUGUAUUUUCUCGACAGAUGUUAAGGUACAACUGUGUUUUUCUUGAUGGUAUCUAAAAACCAUAGUACUUAAGUCUUACAGGUGUGAAGAAUGUCUCCUUAAUUGCGUAAAGAAUUGGAGGUGUCAUCACUUCACCUGAUCCUCUCACGUACGAGGUCUGACGUUGCUGCUUCACCUCAUUGGACUAACGAGCCAGUUGCAGCUCUAGCCCUAAACAAAUACAGCUCUCACAAGUACUGUUCUCCCUCAGCGAAGUCCAGUUACCUAAUCAAGACACCUCAUUCAAGCAAAAUCUGCCUUUGGAAAAUUUUAAUAUAUUUUAAAUUAUUUUAAAAGAAACGCAACAUCUUAUCCUUUGGCUUUCUUAAUAGGUGCUUUAUGGAGGCCAGUGUAACAAAAUGUGUUGAAAAAGUAGGAGUCUCUACCGCCUUUGUUGCUGAAGAAAAACAUUUCUUUUCAAGAUGAGAAACUUGCAUUGAAGGAAAAA